AUGCAAACGGCACUGUUGCCGCUGCUGCUGCCACUGCUGGAGCUGUGGUUGCCACAGGUUGGGGCAGCGUCCGGUGCUGCCGCAAACGCGCGCAUUGUGGGCGGCACGCCGGUGGACAUUGGCAGUGUGCCAUAUUUGAUCAAUUUGCGCCUGAACGGCGGCUUCAUUUGCGGUGGUGCGCUGGUCAAACCCACUCACGUGAUUACCGCCGCCCACUGUGUGAAGGGAGUGGCUGCUAGCAAAUUGCUUGUGGUUGGCGGCGCCACUCUGCUCAGCGAACCGGGUGUGCAACGCACAGUUGCCAAGGUUUACGUUCCCAAGUCUUACAACGGGCGGACCCUCCACUAUGAUGUGGCUGUGCUCAAGCUGACCUCGCCUCUGACUGGCAACAAAAUUGGGACCAUCGGACUGUGCAACUCAUCGUGGAAUGUGGGUGAUCUGGUCAAGAUUUCGGGUUGGGGUCAGGUUACGGAACGCAGCCAAACUGUCUCCUUGCAUGUACGCAGCGCCGAAGUGGCUCUCGUUUCACGCAAGAGCUGCAUUAGUCAGUACAGGCUGCGGGGAACCAUCACCAGCACCAUGUUCUGCGCCUCAGUGCCGGGCGUUAAGGAUGCUUGCGACGGUGACUCUGGUGGCCCGGCCGUCUACCAAAACAAACUUUGUGGAAUUGUUUCGUGGGGAAUCGGUUGUGCCCAACGCAAAUCUCCAGGUGUUUACACCAAUGUGAAGACUGUUAGGACAUUUAUCGACAAAGCUUUGGGCAUGUAAGGGGAGGACCCUCUCCAUUUAA